AUGAUAUUCAUAAAUACCCGGCCUCUAGACGAAGGAGUCCAUUAUGAUCGUCGUCCAAGUAAAGCACCAUCACAUCAUUCAGUUCACAGCAGCCAUGGUGGAGAGACGACGAAAAGGGUGCAAAUGAAUCGUGUUGCGCUCUGCCUGCUGAUGUUCUAUCUUCUGGUUAGCGCCGUACCUGUUCUUCUGCAUUAUCCCCUAUCGCUGGUAUCUUUGAUUGUGCCUUCAAUUGUCGUCCUCUACGCUCUUUGUAACAUAAACUCCGAGAACAGAUCUGAUUGCUGGCCAUGUUGCCUUAUAGCGGUAAGUCACGGCGCGACUCACAUUCGUCGCGUGCGAGAGCAAAGAGAUCAGGAGCGACGUCGCUCGAUAUAA